AGGCCUUCCCAUGCUACUAUAUAGCCAUUCGCCAUGCCCCUCCUCCGCCCCAACCAACCCAAGCUUAAGCUCUCACCCCAAUAUCUUGACCAACAGAUCAUAACAAGUUUCAAACCAACCACAAAACAUCUAACAUGGCGUCACUUAUCCAUUCCGUCAAAGAGGCAUUCACGUCACACCACCCCGAAACCCAAUACGCGCAGGGCAUCGAGCCGGGCAUCAAUCCGCGUGUGGCCCAGGAGGCCCCGAACGUUCCAAAGCGCCUCUACCACACGACCCUGACGGUGGUGGACCCGCACACGGUCCACACCGACCCAGCCGGCUCGGCGGUGGAGCGCUCGACCUUCCCGCUGGGCACGCUCGCCACGCGCGAGGCGGCGAUGCGGUUCGCCGAGGAGCAGGCCCUGCGCGGGCUGGGCUACGAGCCUGACGACUUCGAGGUCUACGAGACCAAGUCGUCGCUGCCCGGCGGCGGCAAGUGGGCGCACGGCGAGGACGCGCUGGUGUACGCGCGGACGCCAGCAGGGCAGGAGUUCAUUGUCCGAGUCGAGGAUAGGGCGAACAAGGAGCACAUCGCCGUGCGCACCGACGAGUCCCCGGAGGUCCAUUUUCCGACAGGCUCGGACCACCUGAGCUACGUGCUGGUCACCGAGACAGACUACCGCAAUGAGAGCACCAAGACCGCCAUCCAGGGUUGCUACUACCACCGCAUCGACGCCUUGGAUGCCGCCAAGGAGGCUCUGCUGGCCAGCGGCACGCUAAAGAAGUCGCAGUUCGGCCAGUACGACGAGCGCGAGACCUUUGACAGGUCAACGGCCAACGACUGGCCGUUUGGCGAGGACGUCGUUGUGCAUGCGGUCGGGUCCAAGGGGGAGAACUUCAAGGUUGCUAUCAAGACGGUCCCCGGCGCGCAUCAGAAGCAUGGGAAGAUGGCUGCUCAGCAAAAGUGACUGACGUGGUGAAAUAUAAAUAGUUGGAGGGAUUUUAGCCCCCGUCUUGUCCUUGAAUUGAAAUACGUUGAUGAGUAUCUCUAUAUUUGCUCCUCCUGUGCUCCAUCUCACAGAAACCGGGCUACAUUGUUGCCAUCGGUGGGGAGGAAAUAACUCAGAUUGUGCACCAACCUUGCUGUGCAAAUUGAACGAAGCUGUAGAAUGAAUGUGACGCGUGUCUGACGUUCCUAUUUCCCCAUCGAGC